AUGGCGCAAGUCAAGUUGGCGAUUUUGGUGUUGGUAUUUUUAGCACAUACAAUGAGCAUCAAAGCUGGUACAAACUUUGAUGCGAGUUGGACGCAUAGCUGCCCAUCAGGUCAGUCUAUCUCACAUAUCAGCAGUGUCCAUAGCAACCGACAUGAAGAUCGCUCAUGGACAUGGAGGUGCCGAAAUUCCCCUGUAAUACAAAGUUCAUGUUCAUGGUCUGGGUAUGUUAAUUUGAUGGACGAAAUAAUGCUCUACCAAUGUUCAAAUGGAGUUAUUGCAGGCGUGGAAUCGUAUCAUAGUAACAGACAUGAAGAUAGAAGAUUCAAAUUCGAAUGCUGCGAAACCGAUUGUUACAACCGUACUCAGUGUUCUUGGACUCCAUUUGUCAAUGACUGGGAUGAUUUUUUGAGCUAUGACGUGCCUACGAAUUAUUAUCUUGUUGGUGCAUUUAGUAUUCACAGCAAUUCCAAAGAGGACAGAAGAUGGAGAUUCCUCGUAUGUUGACAAAGUUGAUUGAAUCAAAUGUUUUAUCUCUUUCGAAUUUACUUUAAAUUUUAUAUACUCUCUCGACAAUAGAGGCUUUGUACGGCCACGUAAGUA